AAACAAAAAGGAUUUAAGCAGGCCCGCCCGGAUGGAUCACAAGACCCGGCAAAACCCUAGUCUAUAAAAACCGCAUAUAAACCCAGAAAGGCCGCCGAAGCGUUUGAAGGACAAGCUGAGAGACGCCUUAGGGUUCACUCACCAUGACUUUCAAGAGAAGAAAUGGCGGGCGCAACAAGCACGGCCGUGGCCACACCAAGUUCAUCCGCUGCUCCAACUGCGGCAAAUGCUGCCCUAAGGACAAAGCUAUCAAGAGGUUUCUGGUGAGGAACAUUGUUGAGCAAGCUGCUGUUAGGGAUGUCCAGGAGGCUUGUGUUUAUGAAGCCUACACUCUUCCUAAGCUGUAUGCAAAGAUGCAGUACUGUGUUUCCUGUGCUAUCCACUCUCAUGUAGUGAGGGUUCGAUCUAGGGAGAAGAGGAGGAGCCGUGAGCCCCCUCAACGUUUCAGGCGCCGGGAGGAUCAGCCUAGGCCUAGCGCACCAGGUGGACCUGGUCAGGCUCCACGCCCUGCCGCUGGAGUGGCAACUGCCCGUCCAUGAAAAGUCACUGUUUCUGUGGUUCUAUUGUUGAGGAUGAUUAGACUUCUGAGGCUAUUUACUUUGGCUGUUGCCUUGCAUUAUUACCAUUUUGAUUUAAAAUGUGUCUUCUUCUCUGGUUAUGACUUCUGUAAUAGUGUCAAUUUAUUUUAGUGGAUCUGUGUCAUCAAGUCAUGUUUUGCUAAGGUAAUUUGAAAGGUAGCACAGGUGGGGUUCAGAAAGACCGAGUUUUUUUUUUCCAUAUACAGUAUGAAAUGAAAUUCUCUGUAGUUCUGGUCU